AUGGAACACAUUCUAGGCACCCCUUUCUCACCAGAUCAUCAGUUGGUGGCCCUUGCCGAGAGCGACGAUUACCUUCCCGGAUUCCCCCAUGUUUCACUCAAAGAUAGGAACAAUGUCGCAAAGUUCAUUGAAACAGAGCUAUGCUCUGACAUUCUGGAUACCAUGUCUGAUAAGCUGUGGUGGAUGUCCAAACAGGAUAGUGGAAACAUCUCACCUCUUCAUCGACAAAUCGUCAAGGGACGACAAAUUAUUAUCUCCGAAGACCCCAAACUGCACCUAGUCUGGAUAGAGGACCAUAUUUACAUAAAGCCUCUACCUCGAUAUUUACUCUCUCAUCAGUUCUGGGAAAACCACCUUGCUCACCAAAACACACGCACUUAUAGGACUGCCUUGGGAUUUCUGAGAACUUUCACCAAGCUCAUCAGACACGAGUCAGACUUUCGUAUUGCCCAAGAACCCAGUCUCAGCCUGAUCCCUUCUCAUAUUACCUGGAACUGCUUUUGUCACUGGGCUGCAGAAGUGUCGCGUGUGCAGGACAGUCAGGUAUCCGAAAGAUACAGAUAUGGCGAAAUCCGCCUCACUAGGCUGAACUUUUACGCACCAUUCCUUAUACGGCGCUCCGCUUACCAACGAGUGCAUUAUCAAUACUCAGCCUACUUCACCAGGUUCUAUGGCCCAAUCCUUUUCACAUUGGCUAUUUUCUCUCUGAUACUCAGUGGCUUCCAGGUCUUGGGGUCUGUUCCCGAGGGUACGAGUGGAUACAACGCGCGGGCGGUGUACACAGCCGGCGUGAUUGUCAGUGUUGGAUUUAUGCUUAUCACAAUUUGUAUGUCACUCUAUCUCGGAGUCUUGGUGGCUUUCAAAAUUACAAGAGAGUGGAAGGUGGCUCUGAGGGAUCGACGGUUGAGACAUCUUGAGGAGGGGAGGGGAUGA